GCAGCAAAUUAACACAAAACAUGAAAACUUCGUCGCCAUCGUCGCCUUCGACUGCAAAGAACCCGUCCACUCGUUGAUAUCUAUCAUACCCACCUUGCAAUGAAGUCAUUUGCUAUUCUCUCCUUGUUCAUUACUGCUUCUUUGGCACAGUCUUCUUCCAGUUCCAAUCCUUUCAUUCCUUCAGGAAUCAGCCAAGGCUGUUCAGACUAUUUAACAAGUCUGGACAGCAACAGUAGCUUCUCCUCCUGCACAACCCCAAUUAUAUCUGCGACAUCUGCGUUCGCACCAGGAGCCAACUCGAGCAACAUCACCACGAGUACCAUUAACACUGCAUUGAGCAACCUCUGCUCAUCAUCUGCGUUCAACGCAUGCCCUGAUAGCACUGUUCGCUCUCAGUUGAUGUCUUACUACUCGGCAUGCUCAGCAGAACUUACAACGAAUCUCAAUACCGAUGUCCUCAGGACUUAUGAUGUCCUCUAUGUCCUGACGCCACUCAGAGAAGCCGUAUGCUCAAAGUCUGACAACGGGCAAUACUGUGUCACGCAGCUGAACACCACGUCCGGUAGUUCUGCUACUGGAAAUGUGGCUUUGGCGACUUCCAACACACAACAAGCGUUGCAGCAAUACCUAUAUACAACUCCUGGUGGCGGGGCUUCCGCACGUCGGGAUAUCAGCAACUCUACUACUGCACUUAUUCCCAACACCACGACAUUUCAGGAUACCAAUCUCGUAUUCCUCUUCCUUAAUUCCAACAUGAAUUCAACCCAACUCUGCACCACCUGCACACGCAACAUUCUCACGUCAUACAUCACGUUCGAGUCCAGUCUCCCUUACGCCCCAGGUUUAAACAACAGUUUGCUGCUCCGUGGUCAGACUGCUCUUUACAGUACCACCGUGUCAACUUGCCCGAGUGGCUUCUUGAGCGGCGCUGUGCAGGCCGCCGGCGGCUUGUCUAGCGGCUUUAUAGGUGGUAGCCCCCGAUCAAUCAGUGCAGAUGUAUCGUUGCUUGUCGGUGCUAUCUUGGGACUCAUAGCCGAUAGUUGUGGAAUUUCGAUGGUUGUUUAUGGUGACCGGAACGGAAUUGUCUAUUAUUAUACCUAUGGUGAUUUCUCUUUAGACAAAUAAUCUCCAGGCAUCAUCUUUGAAGUCGUUUGUCAUCUUCCUUUUCACCUUUUGAUCCUUGUGGGUAUGAUGUGUUUGGAUUCAGUUCAGUCGUGUUGCCCGGUAUCGAGUCGGCGUAAUGAUACCAACGUACUCAUCUCAUCGACGAUACAAUAAGCUUGUUGGCUGUGCCGCGAGCCUCAGGAUUGUUACAUACACCAGUACUGUUGUGUAAUGACUUGUUGAGUUUCGGUUGUUGUGCUGAAUGGACAAAC